CUGGAACUGCAGGUGCGCGCCACCACGCCCAGUUAUUUUUUUUAAUUUUUAUUUUUGUGGAGACGGGGGUCUCACUAUGUUGCCCAGGCUGGUCUCGAACUCCUGGGCUUAAUCUCUCUUCUGGUCUCUGUCCCCCAAACUGCGGGGAUUAGAGGGGUGAGCCACCGCACCCGGCCUUGAGUCCCCAUUUUCCUGGAACGAACACUGCAUUUCAUCUGACAAAAGGACAGUUUCAGUUUCCUCCUCUGCAAAAUGGGCUGGGGGUGGAAUUCCCAUCUUGCAACCGAGAAUUCCCUGAUAAUAAACGUCAAGUGCCGAACGCGGUUGAGGCGCAGGAGCCCACUCAACGGGAGCAGCUCACUGGGACAUUCAGAACAAUCUGGAAAAGUGGGCACGGGCAGCCCCAGACGUCAUCCCCGGACCCCGCUGCCCAGCAGCGCCCGGACGCGAGCGCUGUCCGUGUCCCAGCACCGAAGUCGGCGUUUGGCCGCAACGUCCCCGGCCCUGCUCCUCCCACGCCGCCGCGGAGCGGAUCUUCCACAGAAACUACACACAAACGUCCAUUCCGAGAGCAACCUGUCUUUCUCUGAAGGCGUCACGGCCAGAGCUCGCCUUCCUGUAGCUCCCAGGCCGGACGCCAGCUCUCCGCUAGCAACCGCGGCCUCUAGCGACAGCCGCCCGGGAACCACCGGAACCCUCUGCACCGGCGCGGAGAGGCGCGGGGUUGAAAAAUAUAGGCCAGUAAAGCUGAAUGAAAUUGUCGGGAAUGAAGACACUGUGAGCAGGCUAGAGGUCUUUGCAAGGGAAGGGAAUGUGCCCAACAUCAUCAUUGCGGGCCCUCCAGGAACUGGCAAGACCACAAGCAUUCUGUGCUUGGCCCGGGCCCUGCUGGGCCCAGCACUCAAAGAUGCCGUGUUGGAACUCAAUGCUUCAAACGACAGGGGCAUUGAUGUUGUGAGGAAUAAAAUUAAAAUGUUCGCUCAACAAAAAGUCACUCUUCCUAAAGGCCGACAUAAGAUCAUCAUUCUGGAUGAAGCAGACAGCAUGACCGACGGAGCCCAGCAAGCCUUGAGGAGAACCAUGGAAAUCUACUCUAAAACCACUCGCUUCGCCCUUGCUUGUAACGCUUCAGAUAAGAUCAUCGAGCCCAUUCAGUCCCGCUGCGCAGUCCUCCGCUACACAAAGCUGACCGACGCCCAGAUCCUCGCCAGGCUGAUGAAUGUUAUCGAGAAGGAGAGGGUACCCUACACUGAUGACGGCCUGGAAGCCAUCAUCUUCACGGCCCAGGGAGACAUGAGGCAGGCGCUGAACAACCUGCAGUCCACCUUCUCAGGAUUUGGCUUCAUUAACAGUGAGAACGUGUUCAAGGUCUGUGAUGAGCCCCACCCACUGCUGGUGAAAGAGAUGAUCCAGCACUGUGUGAACGCCAACAUCGACGAAGCGUACAAGAUUCUUGCUCAUCUGUGGCAUCUGGGUUACUCACCAGAAGAUAUCAUUGGCAACAUCUUUCGAGUGUGUAAAACUUUCCAAAUGGCAGAAUAUCUGAAACUGGAGUUUAUCAAGGAAAUUGGAUACACUCACAUGAAAAUAGCAGAAGGAGUGAACUCCCUUUUGCAGAUGGCAGGCCUCCUGGCCAGGCUGUGUCAGAAGACAAUGGCCCCGGUGGCCAGUUAGAGCAGAGACUUCGCUGACUGACUUACAGGAGCCCUAUCCUGAGGUACAGGAGCUGUGGCUUUCUGAUGGGGGAAAAUGCCGCCUUAGGCUGGAGCCAGCAUGACUGCCGUUUAAACUCCAGUGGCUGGCCAGGUGUGGUGGCUCACACCUGUAGUUCCAGCACUUUGGGAGACCGAGGCAGGUGGAUCACCUGAGGUCAGGAGUUCGAUACCAGCCUGGCCAACAUGGGGAAACACUGUCUCUACUAAAAAUAUAAAACUUAGCUGGGUGUGGUGGCAGGCACCAGCUACUUGGGAGGCUGUGGCAGGAGAAUCGCUUGAACCCAGGAGGUGGAGGUUGCAGUGAGCCAAGAUCAUACCAUUGCACUCCAGCCUGGGUGACAGAGAGAGACUCUGUCUGGGGGGUAAAAAAAAUUAAAUAAAUAAACUCCUGUGGCUUUCAUGAUUG